GGUUAUUUUUAGGUGACUACAUCUACUGCAUUCUCAUGUCAAAAGUGCAAAAAGUGUUACAAGACAAAGGGUGGGUUAACAAGACAUAUCCGAACAAAAUAUUCUGAUGGAAAACCUGAUACUAUCGAAGCAGAAAAUUUCUUAUCAGUUGAGACAAUAAAAACAUUAGUUAAUGAAGCUAUAAAUACUUUGCUAAGUGAAAAAUACUACCCAGACAUAAUAUUAAAUAAAAUAUCUCAAUAUAUCAAUGUAAUAAACGAUCUAUUAUACCAACAGUGCAACAAAAUUUACGAAAAGUUAGUGAAGACAGGAAAUGGUGAAAAUUUUUACAUGGAAACAUAUUCUUCACUUGUAUUAGAGUCUGAUAAAUAUUUUAAUGAUCUUGAAAAACCUUGCAGUACGCUUAUAUCAACAGCAUUAACUGAUAAAAUUUUGUAUUAUUACAAAACAUCUUUUUCAGAGAAUAAAUCAAUUGAACUGAAACCUAUAUCUGCAAAGGAAUUAGAUGGUCUACAAUACUUGGCUGGCUACGUUUUGUCAAAAUUUUUAAAGAAAGCUAAAAACAGUAAACACUAUCAAUCUGAAGAAACCCAAGCAAUUAUUUCUAUUUUAAACCACUGUGUUCUUGAAAAAAAUUUGUCACAUGGACAAAGACUUAUUGAUGUUCAAAACAGAGGUGGACUGAUCUCACUGACAGAAGAGUGUCAGCAAAUAUUUAUUCUAACAGAAAUAAAAUUUCGGUCUGAAACUCUAAAUUCAAUGUUAAGGAAAGUUGACAUUGCAAAUAUGGCAUCUGAGCUAAUCACAAAAACAACUGUGCAAAGUUUUUAUAAUGCUAUUGUUGAGAACUCCUGCCAAUUUAAAAUUGAUAAAGAAGUUAAAACAAAUCUUUUAGAGAGUAUGGUAAAAUUAUACUUAAGAGUAAGAUCAUUUUCGAUGGCUAAAGAUGUUGUUCAAAGACAAAAAGCUAUGUCAAAAAAAACUAAAUCAAAAGGUGGGCUUCGAUCAAACAUUAAAAAAGGGUCUGAUAAGUCUACAAUAAAGAAAUAGUGAGCAGGGGUGGAUAUAGGAUACAGUGCUGUUAAUACUUCACAACAACAUUCUCACAAGUUAGGUUUAUUAUUUAUUAUUCAUUUAGUCAGGUGUUUUAAUUUUUAACAUAAAUUAAAAAACAUAUUUAUGUGCAAUCUGUGUUUUCAAUAAUAGUUUAUUCCAUUGUUUAGGGAGAGUUUUGGUUGUUAUAACUGAUUUUGGAGAGUUCUAGAAGUUGAGUAAUCUUAUACUCUAAGCAUUUUCUAAAAGCCAAGACGGAAUGUCGUUAAUUUUCAUACCAUUUACUAAAAGCUAUAUAAAUAUUGUUACAAUUUUAUAAUUCAAAUUAGUAAUUUCGAAAUUUUUUUACUGUACUGAUUUAUAUGUAAUAUUAUAUAUUAAUAAAUCAAUGAAGUUAUGAUUUUUUCGUAAUGUUAUUUCUACGCAUUUGUCCGAUAAAAACAA